UUGAGGGGGUUCGUAGAUUGCUUGAGAAAGAUCUGGGGUUGGAGCCAUAUGCAUUAGACGUGCAUAAGAGAUUUGUCAAGCAAUGCUUGCUGAAGAGCUUAGAAGGGGUUGGAGAUGAUAAAGGUCCAAAGAUAUCUGGGGAUACAGGGAAAAAGUGGCAGUACACAGGAGAAAGAAGGAUCAACUGAAGAAAUCCAUUCAAAAAAGGAUGUAAAGAAUCUUUGUCCUGAUGAUGAAGAUAAAAUGGAAGAUUCUCCAGUAUUAGGUCUUCUACAUGAAGAAAAAUCAGUUAAACUUGAAACUGAGGAAGCUGAAGGCAAUGGCAAAAACGCAAUUCCAAGUGAGACCAUGAUUAAGAAAGCCAUUAGAAAAAGAUCUUCUUAUGUUAAAGCCAAUUCAGAGAAAGUCACAAUGGCUGGUCUUCGUCGACUGUUGGAGGAAGAUCUGAAACUUGAGAAUUUGCUCUCGAUUCCUAAAAAACUUAUAAGCCAGCAGCUAGGGAAGUGA